UACCGGUUUAUAUAUAAAGUAAUACCCUCUAAGAAAAGGCCGUUUCUACCUUUUAUUAAAGAGUAUAAUAAUAAUUAUUUUAUAUUAAUUAAACUAAGUAUCCUAUGCUAUUAUAAGAUUUUUUUAAAGAUAAUAAAAUUAUCGAUUUUUAAUAAAUAA